AUGAGCUGGAUGUCCACCAGACCUUUCUCCCUCCCCCGGGGAGGAAACAGGGCGGCGCGCCUCCUCCACUCCAACACUCGCCUUUCUCUUCAUUCCCCUCCCCCCGCGUCUCCCUCCUUCUCUCGCCUCUGUUCGUUUUCUUCUCCAUUCUCGACUUCGUUGCGACUUGCUCGUCCAUCUUCUGGCUCCGCCUCUCCCGCAUCUUUGAAUGCGCAUGUCUCUUCUUCGUCGACUUAUGCCUCUUCUUCGUCGCGCUGUCUCACGUCCUCAUCUCAUUGCGUCUCCUCGGUGUCUCCUUCACCCUCGUCAGAUCGGACUGUCCCCGUCUGUCAGGCCGAGGUGCUUGUUGUGGGCGCCGGUCUGACGGGCCUCACGGCGGCGCACACCUUCUUUUCUCGUCUGCCUCCCUCUGCAAGGAAAGCGCUUCAACAGAGGCUUCUUGCCAGAGGAAAGGAACUGCGGAAUAGAGACUUAUCAUCUCCUACACACAGCCCUGUUCCACAUGUUUGUUCCUCUCCUUCCUUUCCUUCUUCCUCCCUUUCCUCUUCUUCCUCUCAUCGUUCCUCUUCGCCUUCGUCUCCGUCUCCUGCUUCUCCCUCCGCUGCUUCUCUGACUUCUUCGUCAUCCCUGAUGAUCGUCACAGAUGCUUCGGGGCGCGCGGGAGGCUGUCUGUACACCAGGAAGAGUCCGUGUGGGCGUUUCCUGUUUGACGUCGGCGCGAAUAGUUUUCGUCUGACGCGUGGAACGCUGAAACUUGUGAAUGACCUGGGACUUCUCUCUCAACUCCAGAGGGCGGACUCGCGAUUUGAGCGAUUUGUCGGCUUCGACGGCCGGCUGCACUCUCUCCCUUUUUCGUCUUUGCUGGCGCUGUUCUCCUCCAGCCUCCUCUCGCGCUCUGGCAAACUCCGGCUUCUUGCAGGUCUCCUGGGGAUCUUUCCUCCCAAGUUCCUCUGGAACCUGAUGAACUCCUCUUCUUCACAGAAGGCGGCUCUCUCGAGUCCGCCGCCUUCUGCCAGGUGCUCGUCGCGUUCGUCUCCCGUCUUCUCGUCCUCCUCUCCGUCCCCGCCUGACCCCAGGAACGAAGAAGCGGCGUCUCCCACCAGCGUGUUCUCGCGAUCUGCCUGCUCGGAAAGAGAGGAAGAGACCGUUGAAGCGUUCAUCGCUCGGCGUCUCGGCCCGGAGGUGCACCGGCGGAUCCUGGAUGCUCUGGUCACCGGAAUCUGCGCAGGCGACGCCUCUCAGCUGUCGAUGAAGGCGACCCUUCCUGCGGCCUACGCCGCUCUUGACCGCGGCUUGGUCGUCUAUGCUCUGGAGUCUUUGGCUGCAAAGGUCGCGUCACUUUGGAGACGCGACAUGGAAGAAAACUCGAAAAAUGGAGACACUUCUCGGCAAGCGUGUAGCCGUCUUAACGAGAGUGAGACGGAGCGCGAGACCGGGCGCGACGGGGCCACAGGAGCAGGGGAGAAAACCAGCGGAGACGAGAGCGAGAAAAAGGCGCAGAGCAUGCGAGCAGACCCCCAGAUCGCUGGUGGCGACAUGCAAGGAAUCGCCAAUUUCGAUGAUGGAAUGGAGGCGCUCAUCAACGCCCUCGUUGCGAAGCUCCCUGUAUCGACACCUCAGGACGAGGAUGGCGUCGUGGAUUGCUCCCUCCGGCUUCAGUGGAGGCUGAGGUCGCUGACCUGUUUCCGUCCAGAUGCCGGCGGGACGUCGACGGCUUUAGACUCUUCAUGUGACGCAGCUGCUUCCUCUUCGAGUGCUGCGUCUCUCGCGUCGUCCGGUGCACACUCUCCGCCUUCCUCGCUUUGGUUCGACGCCCUGUUUGAGACUCCAGAGGGCCUGCGCCGUGUACAGACACCCCAUGUCCUGUUGACGAUUCCACCAGCGGCGGUCGCGAGUGCGCUCAGCUCCUGCUUUUCCUCGUCUCUUCUGGAGCGCCUCGCUGCGCUGCCGCAUGCGUCGAUGGCUCUCGUCACGAUCGCGUACUCAAAAGCGCGCCUCAGGCACAUCCUCUGGGAAGCCGCGAAGCGGGAGAGCCUUCUCAGAACCUCGGAUUCAGGAGAAGAGAAUUAUGUCUUUCUGGAUGAAGGCGACUCGCCGCGUACGAUGGAAAGACGCGUUAGAGAUACACGGGUGACGAGGCAAAGAGACGCAUGCCCAGGCAUCUCUUCUUUUGGUUGUGAAACUCAGGAUCCCAAUCCUUCAGUUCCCAAGGCGGCAUGUGCAUCGCGGAUGCCUUCCUCGUCUUCUUCUCCCAUAUCAACGGCUUUCACUGGUGAGACACAAACAGCGGAGUCUUCGAAGCGACCUGGCCGGGUGGCGGGUGGUGGGCUGCAGGAGAGACAAAACGCGCCGUCGUCCUCUCGCGUUUCGCAGCCUCUUGGGUCACUCGAGGGCGGCGGACGGAGCUGCCUCGGCUUCGGCUUUCUUCUGUCCAACGAGGAGCGGAUCCGCCACAGAUGGAAAACUUUGGGAGGGAUCUUCGUCUCGGAUGUCUUCCACGGAAGAGUCCCGGAGUCGAGCGAUUCUAUCUUCCGUGGCGCGAAGGAUGCAGAAACGGCAGCGGGUCACGAAGAAGAAGAAAACGAAGCGGAAGGAGAUGUGAGCUUGGUGACGAUGUUUGUCGGGGGAAUUCGGGAGGGCGAUGCCGUUAUAAAGGAGGCCGACGAGGCCUUGGGUGAGGCAGCUCUUGAGGACUUCUUUCGGGCGUUCGCGAGUCUGUCACGAGACGGAGAGGCGCCGAGGAGUCUGUCGACAGAGACCAAGGAAAAACUCAGACAGUGCGGAACUGUGCUACAUGUACAGCGCUGGGUUGACACCAUUCCCCAGUACGUGACGAGUCACGACAGACUGAAGAGCGACCUCAAGGCCGAAAUCGCUGAGCUAUUUCGGGCGCGUGAAAGCGAGGCCUUGGACACCCAAACAGACACGACGAUAGAAGGGAAACAGCACGGUGCGGGUCAGGAGAGACUCAUUGUGGAAGGAAACUGGAUCAGUGGAGCAGCUGUUGGAGACCGGAUCGACGCUGGUGAGAAGGCCGGCCUUCGUUUGACCGCCAGUGCGAUCCGACGAGGCGAGUUCGAACCGUGA